UUGCGUUUAGACGUUUACUCUACCUAAGUAAGUAAUAUACUACAUCUCACUGUCAUGAAAUAUUCUGCGGUAAUUUUGCUUUCAAUCGCGGGAUUAGUCGCAAGUGAUUGGAAAUGCACACAAAUUGGAGGAACAUGCAAAGAUUAUACGCAAAACACCUGUAUAGCUGGAUAUGUGACAGGAAAAUGCAGUGGUAACAACGACAGAAGAUGCUGCAAACCAUGCAGCCAAAGCUGUAAAUCGAAGGAAGCAUCUGACUCAUUGCGUGAUGGUGCUUGCAAUGGAAAAUGUCAACACAAUUCAAACUACUGCGAUAGUCCGUACCAAAGUGGUAAAUGUGGUGGCCCAAGUGCAAGACAAUGCUGUCCUGGAUCGAAUUUCUGCUAUGACGAUAUCCUUAAAGUGGAAACAACAGGCGCAUCUGCUGAAACUGCUAAACAAGAUAAACUAAGUUACCACGGAGUUGCAGCAUCGAGAAAAAUGGCACAAACGGAUGCGAGUGCAAUGGCCACAUAUAAAUCGAAGAUUCUCGUUGCUGCAAAGAAAUAUUGUGUACAAGCGGCUGUUAUUGCAGGUAUAAUCAGUCGAGAAACAAGAGCUGGCAAAGUUUUGAUGUCAGAUGGUUUUGGAUUUGAUCGUAGUGGAUUUGGUCUCAUGCAGGUUGACAAGGGAAGCCACAAUCCACAAGGUGGCGCAUUUAGCCAAACUCAUAUUAAUCAAGGCACAAAGAUUCUCGUCGAUAUGCUUAAAGGAGUUCGAAAUAAGCACAAAUCCUGGAGCAAACUAUGGGUUUACAAAGGAGGGAUAAGCGCUUAUAACGCAGGAGUAAAAAACGUUCGCACGUAUGCGGGAAUGGAUGUCGGAACCACCGGUAACGACUACGGGAAUGACGUAGUUGCCAGAGCUAAAUGGUACAAGGAGAACGGAUACUAACAACAUAACAGAACAUCUUAGUUUUUUUCUUUCUGUAAUACAUCUUAUCUACACCAAAUAGGUACUAAAAUAAUCAUAAUUGUGGAAGUCUUCAUGUACGUCCAUUGAAAAUAAAUUGGAACAUUCAAUGUGUAUAUUCAGCAACUCGGUAUUCGUUUGGAUAUUCAAAUAUGAUGUUAAAUUGAGUUCUAAGUUGGAAUAUUACUAGUUUGUUUCUAUAAUUAUAAUAUAUCAGUAAUUGCA